UGGCGUGUUGGUUUGCCCUGUGCAUGUUGUAUGUAUUAGUUUCAUCAUAGUUUACAUGUGUAGAUCUCUUUAAUUGGCCAUUUUAGGUAGCAAUUCCCCGUGUAGCAGCAAUAGACGGGAUCUCAUCGGUUGAAAAUUUCCACUGUGAAGCAGCUCGGAACAACAACCAUUUAAUACUCGUGAAAGCACUCGAAAGAACACUCGCUGUUGAGAACCACGUGAGGAUGGAACUUCACGUAUGGGGCACCCCCUCUGAAAUCUCUCUGCUAUCGCCUCAGUCCAUAGCGAUCUACUGGUACAUGUCGCUAUGCGUACCAUCGGAGCUGUACGAGGUUGUGACGUCCUGUAACACGGAUCUUUCACUCUCUGGCCAGCUGCCAACGUUGAUCUGCCACGGCGAGGGUACCCAGUACGAUGGAUUGCUGGACAUAUUGAGAUAUCUGGACCAGCAAGGGUUUUCAUUGGAUACUGGGUUGCUGAAGGAACAAAGAGCCAUCAACGAAGGCUUGGUACUGUACGUGGAGGACAAAUUCCAACUCAUCACUGAUUACUGUCUGUUUCUGAACAAAUCGAACUAUGAGCAGUAUACUAGAUCGUUAUACUCCAAGUACCUGCCUUUCCCUAUGCAAUACAACGCGCCAAUCGUCGCUAGGUCCAGAGCUAAGUUGAACUGUGAAAGAAUCGGGUUGAAGGUUGAGGAUAAGAGCCAGGUAACCGAGGAGAUGAUGAAGAAUGUUCCUUCUGUUUCUAAAAUCCACAGGAUGAAAUAUGAGUCUAUGAUUGAAGAUAAGCUUCUAAUGAAGAACUCCGUGACAAAUAUGAGCUGUCUAAGACAAUUGAACGAAUACGUUGGUCGUGUGUUGGAGUUACAGGCGGAGCUGAAUGCGAACCAUGAAGGCGACACUUUGGGGUUGUUUGGAGAGAACAGGCUCACGUCUGGAGAUUUGAUAAUACUGGCGCAUAUAUACGUGUGGACCAGGGCUGCGCUACCAGAUCAGUUCAUAAAGACAUUCUUGGACAAAUCCUAUCCUCACAUCUCAACACAACUAGAGCACUUGUUGCAGGAGAGAAUAAACCCGGCAACUGACCACGUCCAGAUACGCCUGCCUUCAUUUACAGAGUCACCAAACUUGUUCAACAGUAUAAAGCAUCUUGUCAUAUAGGUGCUGAUCCCUGCCCCUGGCCAUUAUCAUCAAUUCUUUUUUGGUUUAGCAAUCCCAUUAUGUACUAUGUAAUACACUACCGUACCGUCAUCGUUAACUACUCCAGCGACCAACCUCUUCGGACUGUGUAACUGCUCGAAUACCGUGCUCAAUCUUGAGGGUGUCAAUUGUUCGCCCAGCAUGAUCGGGAGUACGAAUUCUGGCUUGAUUGGAGCGGGAACCCCACC